CAGUGCAAACAAAUGAAUUUAUGAUCUGCACAUCUAACAGUUUAUAUGACGCGCCCAAUUUGUCUAGCUCUUUUAAAAUAGAUAUUAGCUGCGAUAUCUAGAAAUCUAACUACAUCAGCGAAACAUUUUUCUUAGUGUAUCACGAUCACGCCGCGUGUGGCGCAUGCAACACGUACUGCGUAAAAUUUCGUGCCAGCGCCCAUCGUGUAGUACAUGUUGAUACCAGUUCAGACAAAGGGACAACGCAUAUUAAACACAUAGGCGAAUCGUGCUUCGAGUUUGUGUCUCAUUUGGGUGUUUGUGAAAGUUUUACUGUGGAAGAAGUUUGACCGUGACGGUUGUGUGUGUAAUAAUGUCAGAUGAUAACAUUUUCAUCGAAUUGACGACUAGAGAUUUAUUAAAACAUGGAAUCUCGAGCAAUAUGCAUCGGCGUUUGAAAGUAAUUGUAUAGAAACCGCAGAAUUUGAAAGUCUAUUAGAACCUGAGUGGAAGGAAACUUUAGAAUCUUUGAUCCCACUUUCUGGCCACAGAAUGAGAUUCGUGAAAAAUUUGAAAACUUUUAUCAAAGACAACACAAAUGAAAUGGAGAUUGAUGAAAAUAAUUUUACAAAGAUACGUGAGAAAGAUAAAAGUAAAAAGACUGUUAUUCCUCUUUCACUUCAACUAAAUAUUUCAAACGAAUCAGAAGAUAUUCAAGAAAUUGAAGAAAUUCCAAAAAACAACAAUCAAGAGAAAAACUUGGAGGAAUCUAUUCAUCAAGAAGCUUCAAAAAAUAUUUUCAAAAAAAGAAAGAGAGAGAGUGACGAAUGCAAUGUCACACGAGGUGAACAACUUCGUUUCCUUCUAAACAAGUCAGCUACAGGUAGAUGUUUCUUACAACUAGCGAAGCAAGGCUCUUAUUUGAAGGAUAAAGAUAGAAAUAAGUUAACAGAUAUUAUUAUUGAGAAUCAAUUGAGCAAAUGUGACAAAAUUUCACCUACAGAGUUCACUGAACUGGUUGGUGCUAUUCAAUAUUUAUUUCCCCAAGAAGAUAGCGAGCUUUAUUACACAUUCCAUAUAAAUAUAUAAAUGGAAAUAAACUGUUGGUAAAAGGAAAAUUAAUCACAAAAUACUAUUCUAUACGAAAAGAAUUUAAAGCUCUUGGUAUUAUUGCAUCUAAAAGUAAGGAUCAAUCAGAUUCUCAAGAUGAUUUAG